GCGUAACUUUAUCUCUCGAUGUCACGGUUACCCAAGCCUGGAGAAUAUUCGGCAAGUAAGGAGCUUUUCACACUGUUUGUUCAACAAAAUGUUUCACUUGCUGGGGAACGAACGAACGACCGACCGACCGACCGAUAUCCUGUUGUGGCGUCUGACUCUGUCCCGAUAACCAUUGAUCCCAACUUGGUAGAUACCACGACUUGCAUGAUUGCACUUCUUCGAGAUAACAAUGCGUCAUUGAGCUGAUGAUCGUCUUCAAAGCAAAAGUCUUUCUAUCACCUAAAUGUACAUUUGGAUUCUCGUGUUAAUUUACAUUCAGAGAAGUUUCAACAGACGGACUCUAGACAGG